AAUCCCGCCGCGGGCUCGCGGACGUGUGCGCGCGCGCUGCUGGCGCCCGCCCGCGCGAGUGUUUUCAGUCGCAGCAGCGGCGCCAGAGCGCAGUGAGGGAAAUGCACCCGGCCGGGGGAAGAUCCUGAAGAAAAUAUAGGUAUUUACCCUCAAAUCGCCUCCACCCGGCGCUGCUGUCAACCACCCCCCCCCCCUCCGACAGAUGCCUUAUUUGAGAUAUUUACAAGAAUUCAUCCUGUUCCUAAAAGAAGAUUAGUGUAUGAGUUGACACAGAGCAUCAGUUAAGAACCUUGUAGUGGAUAAGAUGGAGGUUAAUCAAUGAUUGUAUAACAAUGCAGUGAACAAGGUGUGUUUCAUGAGUAGCUCUAUGAAAAAUGUCCGCCUGUAACACCUUCACUGAACACGUAUGGAAACCUGGUGAAUGUAAGAACUGUUUUAAACCCAAAAGUUUGCAUUGUUUGACUACUGCUUCUGAAACUCCUCCUCGUUCAUGUAACAAUUUAAAAACUAAUGCUAACCAUAGUAACAACCAGCGGGGUAGGUCAGGCACUGGUAACUUUCGACCUCCUGUUGCCAAGAAGCCAACAAUUGCUGUGAAGCCCACGAUGAUGGUCACAGAUGGACAAACUGUGAGUACAGAAAUGGAGACAAUGGAAAGCUGUGAAAAUAAACAUAUGUUUGUAGGGUGGAAUAGGAAUGGUGUUGUAAUCAACAGAAAAUUAGUGAACAAUAAUAAUAAUGAAGAGAGCAGCAGCAAUUCUCAGAGACCUUGUGGUCCAGACAGAGUUAGUAGUAAUAAGAAACCAAACAAUAACAAUAAUGGAUUAACUGAUGUAUUGAAAGAAAUUGUUGGAUUUGAGCCUGAACCACACUUACAAGACAAAGAAUGUGACAAAGAAACCUUUCUUGGAAGGAUCAACAAAUGUUAUCAGCGCUCUUUGGAAAGGAAGCUUCCUCCGAGCUGUAUUGUGGCUGGUAUGAAAGAGAGUGCAGGGAAGCAUGUUGUGCUCAGCAACAGCUCAGAGGUUAUCAGCAAUGAAGGAGGUCUCUUCUGCUACCCAGACUGUUCCUUCAGUAGCGAUUGCAGAGUAGAUAAUGAUUCAAGUGAGAAUGUGACAGAAGAACGAGAAAGUUGGGAUGAAAGUGAUGAAGAGCUGUUGGCAAUGGAAAUACGAAUGCGUGGUCAGCCACGUUUUGCUAAUUUUAGGGCCAAUACGCUGUCUCCUGUCAGAUUCUGCAGUGACAAAAAGUGGAACACAGUGCCAUUACGAAAGCAGUCCCUACUGAGAAUUUGUGCUGUUGACUAUGAUGACAGUUAUGAUGACAUCCUAAAUGGAUAUGGCGAUGAAACCUUGAUUCCUUAUGGCCAGGAUAGCUUGCCAAGUGUUUUAUCUUCUGAAUCAACAUCUCCUGAUUCAUCGAUGACAGAGGGAUCUCAAACAGGAAUGACAAAAACUACACACCAACGGCUUUGCAAUGGUGAUCUUGCACCAAGUGACUGCAAAAACACCAAAUCAAUUGAACCAGAUUAUGAAAGCAUUAAUGAAAAUGAGCAAGUUCCCCAAAUAAAGCAGGCUCCAUUUAAACCAGCAAGAGGCACUGCAGUAAAGUCUCUCGAAACUCAUAAAGCAGUUCUUGCUUUGAGGUUGGAAGAGAAGGGUGGGAAGAUAGCCUUACAAAGUGAGAAGCAGGAUUUAGAUAUAAGUUCCACAGACAGUUCUGGGCAAACUGUGACGAUUAAUAUUAUUCCAAGGGAAGAACAAGCAAAACCAUAUAGAGUUGUAGACUUGGAACCACCAGGUAUGUGCAAACCAUAUACUGUAGUUGAUGUCUCAGCAGCAAUGAACAAUAAAAAAUCCAGCAGUCCACCUGAAUUGCUUCAAGGUCCAAAGACUUCACCGAUGAGUACAAACCCACCAACACCACCUCCAAGCCAGAUGAACAACCAGAAAAAGUCAAGUAUCACUAGAUAUCAAGAAGUAUGGACUUCCAGCACGAGCCCUCGACAAAAAAUGCCCAGAGUUGCUUUAAUGUCAAGUGGUUCUGGCCCUACACCACCACCAAAACAGAUUACACAUAAAUCUGCUCCUACUUCACCAACUAACACAAAUAUUACUUCCAAAACUAUUCCUGUGAAGUCGCCAAAUCUGUCUGAAAUCAAGUUUAAUAGUUACAACAAUGCUGGGAUGCCCCCUUUCCCUAUCAUCAUACAUGAUGAGCCAACGUAUGCACAGAGCUCAAAGCACAAGGCUAUAAAAGUACCAAUAGUAAUUAAUCCAAAUGCUUAUGACAACUUGGCCAUUUAUAAAAGCUUUUUGGGUCCUAGUGGACCACAUAUGAAGAAGGAGACUUCAGAAAAUGUGAUGAACCAUACAUAUGAAGAAAUUGGAUCAGCAGAAAAGAAAUCUGCAGGUUUACCACAAGCAAAACCUCCAAGUACCAGCACAGAACGAAAGGUGCUUGGCACAGUUGCACAGAAAGUGCAGGAAUUUAACAAUGCACAAAGCAAAGCACAAAACCUGUCGCAGUCCUCACCUCACAAAAGCUUUGGAUCCAAUCAGUGCUCUCCUUCUAGAAUUCAGCGAUCUAAUCACGAUUCACCAUCCAGAAAAGAAGAAACGCCAGAAAGGCAGAAAUCAUCAGCAGUUAGAGAAAAUGCCAAUGCUGUACUUUCUCAAAUUGUUGCAUCCAUUCAGCCUCCACAGCUGCCACCUGAAACUCCUCAGACACAGUCAAAAUCUAGCAGUGCUGAAGAAUUAUACUCUCAACCUCCUGCCAUCUCGGAAGGCAAUGGUGAUCCUUAUACUCGGCCAAAGUCAUUAUUCUCCACACAGGCAAACAGUGGAACAGAAGCCUCCAAAGUAAUGGACAGCAGUGUUACAAAAGGGCAGAAAGAAAGUAUUCUUACAAAGCAAGUUACUGUUCCCACAUCUAAACCAGGUACAGUACAAUCACCUGGUGCAAUUAGUCUGAGUCCGAAGAAUGAACAGCUGCCUCCAUUUCCACCACCACGUUCGACAUCAUCCCCUUAUCAUGCAAGCAACCUACUGCAUAAACAUUUCAGCAACUGGGGGAAGCCAACAAGUCCUGUACGAACAACUGAGACUGAAUGUCCAUUGUUGAACCCAGAGAGUCGCCAACGCUCACAAGAGUCUAAACCAAAACGAUGGAUCUCUUUCAAGAGCUUCUUCCGUCGUCGUAAGACUGAGGAAGAGGAGGAGAAAGAAAAAGACAAAGACAAGUUAAUUGGAUUGAAUGGACGGGUGAUACAUAUGCUGCCACCACCACCCAUACAACGACUGUGCAGUGAACAGAAGAUAUUAGAGCCAUCUGAGAAACUGACUGCCAUGUUGAGUUACAAACCAGACCUUGGACUGGAUGAUAUAAAGGCUGAGACUGGCAAAUUAGAAAUUGCUACAGUGGAUACUGAGAUCCACCCCACUCUCAAUGAAACACAGAUCAUGGCAUCUGGAUUGAAUGAUGAUGAAAAGCCAACAGCAAGUCUUCCUGAAAAUGGAAAAGAGAACUGCCGUCCGGACAGUCAAAGCUCUCCUCCACCUCCUCCACCAAAGAAAUUUAAUAACAACCUUCCAGGUGAGGUGACCAUUGAAGACAUGUCGCCACAGGAAUCAGAAGUUCAAAGAUCGGCAUCAGCAAGCCAGGAAACAUCUGGCACAAUGACUCUGGUGUUGGCCAGCACGGGAUCUCAGGAUGAAAAAGACACGGGCAGUGAGUCAGCUGAUGAAAGCAUCAGCAGCGCUACCUACAGCAAUUUGGGCCAAUCGCGGGCCAACAUGAUACCCCUGAAGCAGCCAAGGCAAGUGAAAGGAGCUUCGGAUGAUGCCAUUGCAUUUGGGGGAUCCACAGAACAGGAAAAUAUGACUGAGACACAGCCAACACCACCCCCUCUUCCAAAGAAGACCAUAAUUCGAGCAAAUACUGAUCCAGCAUCAAAGGACUAUGUCCACAAAAUGAUAGAAGUGAAAAAUUCUGGACACAACGUAAAUUUAGCAAAUCCACUGUAUGAUGUAGAAUAUCUUGGGGAUACAAACUGGGAUGCAUCAAGUGCUUGUUCUUCAAUCAGCUCGGAUGCCAGGAUGUGUGACAAUGAGUCAGGGGAUUCACUGGAUAGAGCAGUGGGCAAGUCAACUGCAAAAGCAAGUGCAUCGUCAACAGCCAAUAGCAUUUGUAGCCUCGCCAUGAGCAGCAGUAAGGAAAGGUGCUCAAAUAGCUUGGAUUCGUUAUCUGAGAAAAAUCGCUUCCCUCAAAGAUCUGGUAAAAGCAUACAGAAGCCACAAAGGCAUGCACUGUACAAAGGGAUAGAGAACAAAGAAGAAGUGGUGAUAAAGAUUCGAAAUCUUCACACUGACUCUCUGAGGAAAUUGGCAGCUAAAUGUGAGGACAAGUUCAUGGAGGGUCAAAAGAACCAGCUUCGCUUUGGAUUGGAUAACUGGUCAGAUUUCAGACUGACAAGUGAUAAACCUUGCUGUGAGGCAGGUGAUGCAGUUUACUACACAGCAUCCUAUGCUAAGGACCUCCAUAAUCAAUACGCAAUCAAGAUAUGUAAAAGUCAAGCAAAAGCCUCCCAGCAGCUCUAUUACCACAGUUUAGCUGUAAGGCAAAGCCUGGCCGUGCACUUCAACAUCCAACAAGACUGCGGGCACUUCCUAGCCGAGGUACCAGUCCGCAUGCUUCCCUGGGAGGAUCCCAAUGCCCCAGUAUUAGAAGAAGAGGAAGAUGAAGAUAGGUCAGAAGUUUCAAAUGAUACAAGGAACAGCUCCAAUGUCAAGGGAACUUCCAGCAAACACAGAAGUCGUGUGGUGGUCAUUACUCGAGAGGUUCCAUACCAAACUGUUGCUGACUUUGUGCGUGAAUCAGCUCCUCGGCACACAAGAAACCCGGAUAUCUACGAGCGACAAGUGUGCUUGUUACUGCUCCAACUCUGUGCUGGUCUCAAUCACUUAAAGCCACAUCAUGUUACGCACUGUGACUUGAGAUUGGAGAAUUUGCUCUUGGUGCGAUGUGGACACGGAGCCCUGGGAAACUGUGAAUCAGAAAAUGCAAAUACAGGCACAGAAUUGCCAAGGCUUAUCAUUAGUAACUUCUCUCAGGCCAAGCAGAAAAGCCAAGUGGUAGAUCUAGAAGUCUUGAGGGAUCAGUCAAGAUUAGCGCCUGAGAUCAUCACCAUUACCCAGUAUAAAAAGUGUGACGAGUUUCAAACAGGAAUCCUCAUUUAUGAGAUGCUGCACCUACCCAAUCCGUUUGAAGAAAACCCAGAACUGAAAGAGAAGGAAUACACCCGAAUAGACCUUCCAGCCAUCCCUAAGCGUUCAGUCUACUCCCAGGGGCUUCAGCAGCUGGCCGGUCUCCUUCUGCACCCCAAUCCCUCAGAACGCAUCCUUAUUUCAGACGCCAAAGUCUACUUGCAGUGCCUCCUUUGGGGACCAAGAGAUGACCUGGUCCACACACUCAAAUCGUGCAGCAGCAAUGCAGACAGAAAUAGCAUAUUGCAAAACUGGCUGGACCUAAAACGGACACUACUAAUGAUCAAAUUUGCAGAAAAGGCCAUAGACACUGAAUGCAGUGUUAGUCUUGAGGUCUGGCUUUGCUGUCAGUAUUUGGCCUUUGCUUCAGUAGAAUCCCUCAGUCAUAUUGUGAAGCUUCUCCAGCUCCAGUAACCUGUUUGACUGCUGCUUAAUCCCUUUUCUUCCCCACCAAAUUUGGAUUUAUGUGCAAUUUUUUGUAAAUGUUCCAACUUUGUAAAUGGCAGUAUUUAAAGUGUAUGUAAUAGAUUUCUACGUUUUGAAAAGUGAUGCCUCUGAUAAGCAACAAAUGCUUGUUUUUUUUUCCCCCUAGGCACAUAAGCAAGCUGUAACUUGCUCUUAAAAUGGAUUCUCAGAUGUCUGUUCUUGAAGCUAUGACAAUUUGUGUGUUUACCUAUAUCAUGCCUUGAAAAAAAACUACAGCCACUUUGCUCAAAUUGCAUUAAUGGGUCAGUUGCACAAAGAAGAGAUUGUCAAAUAAACGUAAUCUUAAUUCAUCAAUUCGUGGUAAGGCUGCUGGAUGAAAGGGGGAAAUGUCUGCUGUUUUGCAUGUGUGGGAUUUUUGGUGUUCCGUUAAGGAAUUUCGUUGAAAUCGUGGAGAUCUUGGAGCCCUCCCUAACAUUGUCCUGGGUUGAUCUUUGUACUGAAGUAAGAUGAAUAGUAUCAGGCAAGUCAAGGUAAAAGACGGAGUUAAUAAAAAGUGGAGGGGUGUUGUAUUAGGUGUGUUGAUGAUCAAGAUUGCAGUUUUAGAAAUUAGACAAAUCUUCCAAACUGCCUUUCUUGCGGUUACUUAUUGUAAUUGCAUCAAACCUUAGUCGAACAUAAUGAAACUCAGCAGGGUGCUGUUGUGGUGGAAUUUUUAUAUUGGAUUUUACAGCUCCUGCCUGUACCUGUU